UUAAGCAAAUUACCACUCCGCUUAGCCUAGGGUUCAAACAGAUUGCGAAACGUAACUUAUUAUUUAAAAAUUAUAUUUGCGCUCCGGCUGGUCAAUUGCUAAACUCUUUGGAGACAAGAUGUAAAAUAAAAAUGUUGGGACUUCCGCAACCCAAACGGAUUCCUCGCCUCCCAGAAAAAAACGCCACUGAGAUGGGCGCAAACAUUUUAAGCGAGCUUUUUGUGAUUCUGUUAGGCCUAUCUCUGAUAUUUUACGAGGUCUCAAGGCAAGCUAUCAAGGAUCAGAAGAAAAAUGUCAAUCUCAAAAUUAAAGAAGAGAGGCUACAAUCGGAUAUCUCUGAGCUAAUCCAUCAGCUUGACUGGCAGGAAAAACAAAUACAAAUAAUGCACCACCAAUUAACUGAAUACAACGGAAGGGUUCAUCAUAAAACUUAAUAGCUGUUCGAUUGCUUUUAUUUGUCGCCAGCCCUGGUUGCCUUAGUUUUUCCGUGCUGAGGUUUUGUAAUACAAAACAGCUUAAGAGAUGGUUAUUGGAGUGUUUCCCGCUGCCAAGCUUGGUGCGCUGGCCAUCAAACAGAUUAGCAAGCCCAUUGCUAAUGUGCUGAAAUCCAAUGCCAAGUCGAGUCCAUUCUUCAGGAAAUACAUAUGCAUACCGCCGGCGCAGUUUUACAAUUGGGUGGAGGUCAAGACCAAGAUGUGGGCGCUGAAUCUUGGCCGCCCAGUUACAGUGCCGCCCCUAACCGAAGCCAUGGCCAUUGAGCUGGGCGCCAAUCUGUUGGGCGAAUUCAUUAUCUUUUCCAUUGGUGCCGGCCUUUUAAUAUUCGAGUACUCCCGUCAAAGCAUCAAGGAGUCCAAAAAGAACGAGGCCAUGCAAAUGGAACAGAUGCGUCUGACCAACACACUGACGGAAAUGAACUUUCGUCUGGAGCGUCAGGAUGCGCAGAUACGUGAAAUGACACGCGUUCUGGCGGAUCUAGAUUCGCGUAACAUAUUCCGAUGGCACAACGAGCCGCUGCAAGAGUAUGUACCAUUUGACCCCGAUACGCCCGAUCAGAGUGCCAGCGCUAGAAAUCCAAAAACCUACGAGGGUUUCUAUGACCCCACAGGCGGUAUGGCAUUUCGUGCCCUCAACUUUCUGCAAACACAAAUUUUUAUUGAUGGCCGCGAUCGAAAGGGCAAACAGGCGCAGCAGCAGAUGGAGGAGCUGGCCAUCGAGCUGGAGAGAUCACUGGGCGAGGCUGUGAAAAAAAUCGAGGCGCCAGCGGCAGCAACUGCAGCAGCAAAGCAAUGACGAGUCCGUGAACUAGAGCAGAAUGUGGCGCUGCUGAUGUACGCGGUGGCAUUAGAGGAGCAAUAGGCGGAUCUGGAGCUGAUUACUGCUUGAGAUGUAACAAAUUAAUUUAUGUAUAUGUUUAAUACCAGAUACCAUAUAGUUAGGUAAAAAGUCAUUUGUACAUGAUGUAAUUGUAUUUAUUAAUUUGUAUUGUUACCAAAACGAAAGAACAACUAAAGAAGGAUGCUUAACAUAU